CCAGUCCCGGCCCUGGAGUCCGGACAGUUGCUGGUUUCCCCGUGUGGCCCCCGAGUGGGAGAGAAGCCUCGCACGGCCGUGUAAGCAUGCAGCACCAGAGCCGUGCGAAGGAGGCCGCGGCCUGCAGGAAAGCGAGACAGGCAUCUCCGUGUGCUCCUGGGAAGGCCUCUGUGUACCUCGGGAGACCUUGCUGAACACCCGGCUGGAGACGUCGGAUCUGAAGUGGACGACGUACCCCCAGACAGACGGCCAGUGGGAGGAGCUGAGCGGGCUGGACGAGGAGCGCCAGCACUCGGUGCGCACGUUCGAGGUGUGCGCGGUGGAGGGGCCGGGCCGGGAGGCCUGGCUGCGCAGUGGCUUCGUGCCGCGCCGGGGGGCGGCCCACGUCUACGCCGAGCUGCGCUACACGGUGGUGGAGUGUUUCUCCCUCCCGCGCCCGGCCCGGGCCUGCAAGGAGACCUUCAACGUCUUCUUCUAUGAAGCCGAGCGGGACCUGGCCACGGCCACCGACCCGCCCUGGCUGGAGAACCCCUGGGUCAAAGUGGACACGGUGGCGGCCGAGCACCUGACCCGCAAGCGCCCGGGGGCCGAGGCCACGGGGAAGGUGAACGUCAAGACCCUGCGGCUGGGGCCGCUCACCAAAGCCGGCUUCUACGUGGCCUUCCAGGACCAGGGCGCCUGCAUGGCCCUGCUGGGCGUCCGGCUCUACUUCCAGAAGUGCCCGGGGGCCGUGGCCCGCCUGGCCGCCUUCCCGGAGACGGUGCCCCGGGAGCUGGUGACGCCCGUGGCCGGCGCCUGCGUGGCCGGGGCCGGGCCGGAGGGGCCCGGGCCCCUCAGCAUGUACUGUCGGGAGGACGGGCGCUGGGCCGAGCACGCGCCCGCCGGCUGUGUCUGCCUGGCCGGGCACGAGGCCGCCGAGGGGAACACGCAGUGCCGAGGUGAGGUGCCCGGACGCCAGGGUUCUGCGGGGAAUGGGGAGCAGAUGCGGGGCUCCAAGGUGGCCCGUAUGUCUGGGUUCCCAGGAUGGGGAGUUGGAU